AUGGUCCGAGCCGUCCUCUCUGCCGCAAUUGCGGCUGCAGCGUUUGCAGGCUUCGCCAACGCAGAUGGUGCCAAAUGCACAAAGGAUAGCCACUGUCCAAAAGAAACGCCCUGCUGCUCGCUCUAUGGCGAUUGCGGUGUCGGUGCUUUCUGCCUCGGUGGAUGCGACCCGCUCAUGUCGAAUAGCUUUGACUCUUGCGUCCCCGGCCCUGUAUGCAAAUCCGGAACCUACUCGCUCGACAACCUCGACGACGUUCAAUCCAUUGACAAUUACCUCGGCGAUGCCUCCAAGAUCAACUGGCAGUCGCAAGGCGACCCUAUUUCAUACACCGAUCCUGCCUCGGGCGAGAAGUCGACGCUCUUGACCAUGGCCCAAGGAUCGACUGGAACACUGUUGGCAUCUACCCACUAUGUCUGGUACGGCAAGAUCUGCUCCACGGUCAGCAGUGCACAGGGCAAGGGUGUCGUCACUGCCUUCAUUCUCAUGUCGGACGUCAAAGACGAAAUCGACUUUGAAUGGGUUGGUGCCGACAUCAACAACGUCCAAUCAAACUACUACUCCCAGGGCGUGACAGUCUACACCAACGGAAGGAACCUGACAGUCCCCAAUGGCAAUGCAGUCGAAAAAGAGCACAAAUACUGUAUCGACUGGACAGAAGACACACUCACUUGGUCCAUUGAUGACGAGGAAUUGCGCAAGCUCCAACGCAGCGAUACAUGGAACAGCACUGCGGGCCGAUUCGACUACCCGCAAACCCCUGCUCGCGUCAUGCUCUCCCUCUGGCCCGCCGGUCUCCCCACCAAUGCCCAAGGUACUAUUGACUGGGCAGGUGGUGAGAUUGACUGGAACAGCCCAUACAUGGUCAACGGUUACUACGCGGCCCGCUUCUCCCAAGUCACAAUCGAGUGCUACGACCCCCCGCCACAGGCGCAGAUCAAGGGACAGAAGACGUACAAGUACACGGACGAGGCCGGAACCAACAAUACGGUUGCCAUCACCGAUGACGUGGUUAUCCUGGGCUCCCUCAUGGGUACUGGCGAGGAUCCCGGCGAGGCGGUACAGAGCGGGAGCCCCAAACCAUCAGCAUCCGUGGCUAUGGUACCCGGUGGCAACCCUGGAGGCGGCGCGGGACACGACGCCGGUGAGACGGUUGGCCCAACUGCAUCGGGUGCCAACGCGCAGCCUACGGACGCGGCGUCGGGAGGCAGUGGCGGAAGCACAUCUGGAGGCACCUUUGUCCAGGGUGGAAGUAGCACUGGUUCUACGGGCGCUGCGACAACCGUUCAACCGGCUCUCUCUCGUAUGAGCGGCUCCGUGUGCGCCAUUGUCAUUGCCGUUUUGGGACUUUUGGUCUUGUAA